AUGCGUCCCGGCGCGAGCCAGUACGCCGCCGCCCCCGGCCCCGGCCCCGGGUUCGGCGGCGGCCCGCUCAACCUCGGCUACAGCGGCGGGAUGUGGUCCACGGGGGACGGCGCCGUCGGACCCGGGCCGCCGGGGGGCGUCGUCGGCGGGGACGUCGCCGCGGACGUCGCCGCCGCCGCCGCCGCCGCCGCAGGCGCCGCCGCGGCGGCGGCGAUGCAACGCCUCGACGUCGGCGACGCGUACUUGGCGAGUAACCCCUACGCAGCGCGCGUUACGUCGAGGGCGUAUCCCGCGUACGGCGGACCGGGGGCGAACCCGUACGCCGCGCCGUCGACAGCGGCGCCGUCGCCGCCGCGCCCGCCGCCGGGCUCGCCGCCGGGGCCGGGGGCGCCGGGAAGAGCCGCGAACGUCCCGCGGCAACCCGGCGGGUCCGGGUCCCCGGGGAGAGCGAGUGCCGCGGGAGAGGCCGCGGCCGCGGCCGCGCUGGGAGGCCACCUGGGAUUCAUAUCCGACCGCGACGGCGGCGGCGGGAACUGA